GGUUUGUUACUGGCAGCAUCAGACAAUCUUAAUCCUGUUUGGUCUCAAACUCUUGGAGAUCCAUUUUUACGGAGGCUCAUUUUAAGAUUCAUAUUCUGUCGGGCGGCGCUGGCACUCUACGCUCCAACCUUCAACAAGAUAGAAUUUCUCCCUGAAUGCAUCCCUUGCCUUCCAGAUGCUGUCUUGCCAACAAGUGCUGCCUGUCAAAGGACUAUGUUGCAACUUGCUGAUAUCUUUGGUGCAACUAGCAAGUUCAAUUUUUCGAAAGAGACGGUGCUUUCCGAUGACAGAAGCCAGGAGAACUGAAGUUGGUUACUGAUUUUGUCAAUUCUGGUAGCUCUGUAAAUUUGAUUUGAAUAUGAAGAGGCUUCUUUAUUCUGUACUUCUUCUUUUUAUUUCAUGUUUGGCUGUUAAUGUUAUUUUGAGUUCUGUAGGUUGAUAUAUUUGUCCUAUUAGUCAUAUCUGAUUCUUCUGAAGUCUGAACAAUGCCCCUCCAACGUUUUCAGUUCAAUUCAUUCCUCAAAUGUUUUUAAGUGCAAGCAACUUGCGCCACACUGUGUAUUGGUUAAACUCUAUUUUGUACAUCAAACUAGUGGCUUUUCUCUUUAUGUUCCAUCUGUUAAUGAGAAAAUCAUGUAAAUAACGAUUUAUCUCUUCUUGGACUUGCUUCAGAAGCCAGCUGGGAGAGUGUUGGUUAAUUGUUUAAUAGUUUCAUGCUUGGUUUCAGAUCCAUGCUUUGUUUGCGAAGGAGAGGAAAGAAUGUAAAGUAAGAGAAAAUUGUACUUUACAUUUCUCGAUAAGCAAAAUGUAAGUAUCGAAUUGAGCCAAAGAUUGAGCACUAUGGUUGCAUGGUGAAUCUUCUUGGACGAGCUGGACAGUUAGAAGAAGCUUAUGAAUUUGUCAAAAGUAUGAAGAUUGAUUGCGAUCCUAUUUUAUGGGGAACAUUACUGACUGCUUGUAGGAUUCAGGGGAACAUAAGGCUCGCAGAGAAAAUUAUGGAGUUCCUGGUGCAACAGGAUCUUGCUACUUCAGGAACUUAUGUUCUGCUAUCCAAUAUAUAUGCUGCUGCUGCUGAUUGGGAUGGUGUGGCAAAGGUCAGGGCAUUGAUGAAGAGUAGCGGGGUAGACAAGGAACCUGGUUGUAGCUCCAUUGAGGUCAAUAAUAAAGUGCACGAGUUCCUUGCCGGUGACAUGAAGCAUCUCAAAAGCAAAGAAAUUUACAGAAUGCUGGAGGAGAUGAACAAGUGGCUCGAGGCUCAUGGUUACAUGCCACAGACUGAUGUAGUCUUGCAUAAUCUUGGGGAAGUUGAGAAGCAGAAAUCGCUUGUUGUUCAUAGUGAAAGGCUAGCCAUUGCUUGUGGGCUAAUUAGUACUCAGCCAGGAACUACAAUCAAGAUUGUCAAGAAUCUCCGUGUUUGUCCAGAUUGCCAUGCUGUCACCAAGCUUGUAUCAAAAAUCACAGGACGCAAGAUCAUAGUGAGGGACCGGAAUCGCUUUCAUCAUUUUGUGGAGGGUUCAUGUUCUUGUGGUGAUUUCUGGUAUAACUAUUACCUAAUGCUAACAAACAGGCAGGCUUCCAUAUAUAGCUUUUUUUGGUACAUUUUUUGGCUGUUUUGGAUAGAAAUUUCACUUUUCAAUUUUCUGGAAGUUAUUGGCUUCCGUUUGUAUUGUACUAACAUUUUUAGAAGAAAUGGGAACAAAAGGAGCAUAUUAAUAGGGAGAAGCUGAAAUCAUUUUUUGG